CGCUUUUUAUAAAAUGGCUACCUUGAAAAUUUAAAUUUAUUUAUCGUAUUUUGAUUCGUUAUAAAUCAUUUAAAUUCUAGUGGAAUUCUAUAAAUAUUUUUAAAUCUACUCAAUGACUAGUGAUAUAAAUUAUAGAAUACCGGUAGAUAGUGAGGAUUCUCAAUUGAGUGAUUCGUCUGAUGAAGAAUAUUUACCAUGUGAUACUGGGGCAAUUGAAUCAGAUUAUUCGGAUAUUGAAAGCAAUGACUCUGACUCAAGCCAUCCUGAUGAUGAAUUGUCAGGACGACGAAAUAUAUGGAAAUCCUCUUUAACUAAUGUCCCACGAGUAGCCCCAGAUUGGAAAGGCAGUUUACCCUUCGCCAAUAAAGUUAAAAAUCCGAUAUACUACUUCAAAUUUUUACUGGGAAAUAUACUUCCUACAAUAGUUCAACAAUCAAAUCUAUAUUCUAUUCAAAAAGAUAUAAGCAGACCCCUUAAUUUAUUGUUAGAUGAAUUAGAACAAUUCAUAGGUAUUUUGUUCUAUAUGAGCAUUAUAAAUCUACCAAGAGCUCGUUUAUAUUGGACGGCUAAUACUAGAAUCGCUAAUGUAGCUAACAUUAUGUCAGUAAAAAGGUGGGAGUUCAUAAAAUCAUGUUUUCACAUAAAUGACAACACGAAAGCAUGUCCUUUUGGGACUGAUGGGUAUGAUGCUCUUCAUAAAAUACGACCUAUGCUGACGAUCACAACAAAUAUUUUAAAAGAUAUUACACUAGGAGAAAAUCUAUGCGUCGAUGAGCAAGUUGUUCCUUUCAAGGGACAAAGUAAGAUGAAACAAUACAACCCCCAAAAGCCUAAAAAGUGGGGUUUUAAAUUCUUUUUAUUAUGUGGAAAUGAUGGUAUUGUUUAUAAUUAUGAAAUGUAUAUGGGGAAGAUUCUCCAAGCCGAAGGUAUGCCAGAUAUAGGAGCUUGUGGGAAUUCAGUUCUGCGCAUGGUUGUCGCAGUUCCAUUGAAUCAAAAUUAUAAGUUAUACUUUGACAAUUGGUUCUCUAGCAUAAACUUACUGGUUAUAUUAGCGCAAAGGGGAAUACAAUGUGUAUCAACGGUUAGGGCAAAUCGCCUCAAAAAUUGUGUUUUGCCGACAGAUCAAGAGAUCAAAAAAAAAGGAAGAGGAAGUUUUGUUGAAAAAAAAACGGUGAUCAAUGGAGUAGAAUUAUCUGUAAUCAAAUGGUUUGACAAUCGUUCAGUUUAUCUAAUGAGCAGCUUUAUAGGGGCCCACCCGAUAUCUGACGUGAAACGAUUCGAUAGAAAAAAAAAGGAAAGCAUUAACGUAAAAUGUCCAGCCAUUGUUAAAAAUUAUAAUAAAAACAUGGGUGGAGUGGAUCUUAUAGAUUCCCUACUAGCAUUAUAUAGAAUUCAUAUCAGGUCCCGAAAAUGGUAUCACCGAGUAGCCUUUCAUAUAUUUGACAUGAUGCUUGUUAAUUCAUGGCUAUUGUACCGGAGAGAUUGUAACCUGUUACAAAUUCCCAGGAAAGAGCAGGAGUCGCUCCUAACUUUUAAAAUAUCAGUUGCAGAAGUAUUGUGCAAAGGAAAUAAAAGCAUUAAUUCAGUAACGGGUAAUAAACGAAUAUCGGUGCAAUCGGAAUAUAUAAAAAAGUGUAAAAAAGGUACAGCACAAUGUUUACCAAAUUCGGAAAUUCGGAAAGACCAAUUUGCACAUUGGCCUAAGUAUAAUGACAAAAAGGUCAGGUGCAAAUUACCAGGAUGUAAGGGGAUUACAAAAGUAGCUUGCGACAAAUGCGGGGUAUCAUUAUGUUUUACUCCAGCAAAUAAUUGUUUUACUAUAUUUCAUAAAAACUGAUUUUUUUGCAUUUGUAUAUCAUUUUUAUACAUUAUAUAAUUUACAUUAUUAAAAUAAAAAUAU